CCGCAAGAUCGAGCGAACCCCAGCGAAUCCGAGCGCCCACGCAGCCACAUCCCAUCAUUAUUCCGCACCUUUCCUCGCUUUCCUUCGCACACUCCCGGACUCCUCUCCUCUCCUCUCCCCAUCGCGAAGAGAAAAAAAAAGGAUAGCACCAACAACAACAACAAACACAGCGGAAGGAAGCAGAGGCGGCAGAAGAGUCAGGCAGGCAGGCAGGAGCAGCGAAUAAUAAAGGGGGGUUUUUAUUAGGAGAGUAGUAGUAGUAACACCACGAUGGAACGAGCGAUCCAAAUCCUGACCAGUUCGGAUCGAGCGGUGGAAGAACAGGUUUGGAGUGGCCUCCCGUGUUGCUCCUCCUCAUCCUCCUCCUCUUUUCUUUCUAUUCCUCUUCUUCCCCGCGGUCUCUUUCCCCUCUCGCACGCACCCUCCUUCUCCUCAUCAUCCUGCUCCUCCCCUCGUUUUGUUGUUGUUGUUGCUGCUGCUGCUGCGGAUCGAGGUCGUCGCCGGAUUCGGUUCGGGUCGUCGUUGGCCCGUGGGCUAUAUAUCGAGGGGAUUUAGGUUUGCUGGAUUUUGGAGUUUGUGUGUUGAAUCGAUCGUGUUGGCGGCGGGCGGAAUCGGCGAAUCUAGGGUUUGGGAUUCUCGAUUUGAUUGAUCGGGUGGGGGGAUGGAUUCGUCCGGCGAUGGAGGGGACGAGGGAGCGGGAGCUGCGCCGGCUGGGGUGGAGGAGGAGAGCCCUGCCCCGGCGUCGGCUCCGGCUCCGGCUCCGGCUUCCGCUUCCGCUCCCGUUCCCGCCGCCGUUGGUGGUGGAGCAGGCGCCUCUGGAUCCAGCGGGAAGGUGAAGCGCGUGAUGAAGACGCCCUAUCAGUUGGAGGUUCUCGAGAGGACAUACACAGAGGAUCCGUAUCCAAAUGAGACGAUGAGAGCGGAGUUGUCUGUGAAGUUAGGGCUGACGGACAGGCAGCUGCAGAUGUGGUUCUGCCACCGGCGGUUGAAGGACCGUAAGCCACCGCCGAAGCGGCAGCAGCUGGAGGAGGAGGUUCCUGUGCCGGUUAUGGCGCCGCCUCCUGUUCUGCCACCACCACUGCCACACAGCGAGCUAACAAUGGGUACUGGUGGGAUGUAUGGCGAGCCGUUGCUGUCCCCCUCUUCCCGGAGAGGAACUGGCAGACCAUCGGCUGUUCCGAGGAUUUCUGCAUCAGAGGUUGCGCGGAGAUAUUAUGAGCCACCACAAGUUAUGCUACCUCCGUUGGCACCAAUGCAGCUCACACGAGCUGAGCACCGGGUGAUUGAUUCUGUGGAACGACUGAUAGGGGAGCCGCUCCGGGAGGAUGGGCCAGUGCUUGGUGUCGAGUUUGAUCCUCUCCCUCCUGGCGCAUUUGGGGCGCCUAUUGUUCCAGAGCAACAGAGACAGCCUUUCCGAUCUUAUGAGGCCAAAAUGUUUUCUGGGCAUGAUACAAAGCACAUUAAGGCAUCUGCAUUCUUGCCUAGCAUAGAUCCUUUUGUUCCAAGUACAGUUUCUGGGAAGAGAAAGUCCAUGACAGGAAGUUCUUCCCAUCUUGGUUCACGGGCAGUUCGUGAAUACCAAUUUAUUCCUGAACAGUCAAGUGAUAUAUAUGAGAGGACGACCCAGUCACGAUACUAUGAUGUUUUAACUGAAGCUUCGGAUUCAAGGAUGUCGACAGGAUCACGAUUCCUCCAUGGUGUUGAAAAGGCACCUGGCUAUACAUUCCAUGGACAAAUUUCUGGUUCUAGCCAUUUAUCUCUACAUGGCAGGCCACCAGUUUUUUCAUCGGGAUCAACAGAUUAUGAGAUGGAUCCAUCUAAUAUCAAUUCUAGUUCUGUUCCAAAUGAAAGCCAGUAUGGAAUUCCUCAGGUUGCUGGAUUUGAAAACUCCGUUGCACCCUCAGACAGAAUGGUUUAUCAUGAUGACGAUGCUUUUCGAAUGGAAAGAAAGCGCAAACAUAGCGAGGAAGUGAAGAUUGCAAAGGAAGUUGAGGCUCAUGAAAAACGAAUCAGAAAGGAGCUCGAGAAGCAAGAUAUGUUGAACAGAAAGAGAGAAGAACAAGUGCGGAGGGAAAUGGAGAGAAAUGAUCGUGAAAGAAGGAAAGAAGAGGAGAGGUUGUUGCGUGAAAAGCAGAAGGAAGAAGAGAGAUUCCAAAGGGAACAAAGGCGUGAACACAAGCGAAUGGAAAAAUAUUUGCUGAAGCAGUCCUUAAGAGCUGAAAAAAUAAGACAAAAGGAGGAGCUUCGUAAGGAGAAAGAAGCCGCAAGGCAGAAGGCUGCCAAUGAAAGGGCUACAGCACGUAGAAUUGCACGGGAGUAUAUGGAGCUCAUGGAAGAUGAGCGCCUAGAACUAAUGGAACUGGUUUCACGAAGCAAAGGGUUGCCCUCUAUGCUAUCUCUUGAUAGCGACACGUUGCAGCAGCUUGAUUCAUUCAGAGGAAUGCUGAGACAAUUUCCUAGUGAAAUUGUGAGAUUGAAGGUGCCAUUUUCAAUAAAACCAUGGACAAGCUCUGAAGAUAAUAUUGGAAACCUUUUGAUGGUGUGGAAGUUCUUCAUUACCUUUGCGGAUGUUCUUGGGAUUCCGUCAUUCACGCUUGAUGAGUUUGUGCAGUCUCUUCAUGAUUAUGAUUCAAGGUUGUUGGGAGAAUUGCAUGUUGCUCUGCUGAAAUCCAUAAUAAAAGAUAUUGAGGAUGUUGCCCGGACUCCUUCAGUUGCUUCAGGGAUGACUGCUAAUCCUGGAGGUGGUCAUCCACAAAUUGUUGAAGGGGCAUACGAUUGGGGCUUCAACAUACUUGCCUGGCAGCGACACUUGAAUUUGCUUACAUGGCCUGAAAUAUUGCGCCAGUUUGGUUUAUCUGCUGGUCUUGGACCACAGUUAAGGAAAAGGAAUGCUGAAAAUGUCAAUAAUCAUGAUGAUAAUGAGGGUCGUAAUGGUGAGGAUGUUAUUUCCAUACUGAGAAGUGGCUCAGCAGCUGUAAAUGCUGCUGCUAAAAUGAAAGAAAGAGGCUACGGUAAUCGCCGCAGGUCUCGACACCGUCUGACACCUGGAACUGUAAAGUUUGCUGCGUUCCAUGUGUUGUCACUUGAAGGGAGCCAAGGUCUCACGAUAUUGGAAGUUGCAGAAAAAAUACAGAAAUCUGGACUGAGAGACCUUACAACAAGCAAGACACCUGAGGCAUCUAUAUCUGCUGCACUGUCAAGGGAUUCAAAGCUUUUCGAAAGGACUGCACCUUCAACAUACUGUGUUAAAACUCCAUACAGAAAAGAUCCUGCUGAUUCAGAGGCUGUGUUGGCAGCAGCACGUGAAAAAAUAAGGGUGUUUCAGAACACUAUUUCUGAGUGUGAAGAAGUGGAGAAGGAUGUGGAUGAUGCUGAGAGGGAUGAAGAUUCUGAGUGUGAUGAUGCUGACGAUGAUCCUGAUGGUGAUGAAGUGAAUAUUGAGGAAAAAGAUGUCAAGACUUCCCUGGUUAAGGCACAAGAUGGUGGCAUGCCAACUGCAGUUGGUGACAUAAAGAAGGAAACAAAUAGCAUAGUUAACUCAUUAACGACACCACUCAUCCACACUAAAUCUUCUGAGAGUAGCUCAUUGCGCACUCUGGACAAGUCUGUACAAGUCCGUACUACAAGUGAUCUACCAGCUGAAAUCUCAUCGGAUAAUCAUGAAGGUGCUUCCGACAGUGCUCAAGACGCAGAGAUUGACGAAAGUAACCAGGGGGAGUCCUGGGUACAGGGGCUAGCGGAGGGUGACUACUGUGAUCUCAGUGUUGAGGAGCGCCUCAAUGCAUUGGUUGCAUUGAUUGGUGUUGCCACUGAAGGAAAUUCUAUACGUGCAGUUCUUGAGGAACGGCUGGAGGCAGCAAGUGCUUUGAAAAAGCAAAUGUGGGCAGAAGCACAACUUGAUAAAAGACGUUCGAGGGAGGAAUUUUCUAGUAAAAUGCAAUAUGAUUCUGGUAUGGGUUUAAAGACCGAUGUAGAUCAACAAAAUACUCUCGCCGAAAGUAAUCUUACACCGGUGCAUAACCUUGUUAAAGACAGUAAUGGAAAUGGCAGCUUAGUAAACAACGAGUUGCCUGUCGAUCAGCAGAGUCAGCCUAAUGCUUGCAGCGUGGUUCAUGAAAGGAACGGUGUAAGGCAGGAAUUUAGUGCUAAUCCAGAAAAUUUGUCUGGUCAACAAUAUGUUACAUCUGAGAAAACAAGAUCUCAGUUGAAAUCAUAUAUAGGCCACAAAGCAGAACAACUUCAUGUAUACAGAUCACUACCCCUCGGGCAAGAUCGGAGAAGAAACCGGUACUGGCAGUUUUCAACUUCUGCAUCCCCCGAUGACCCUGGUUCUGGAAGGAUCUUUUUUGAAUCUAGAGAUGGAUACUGGAGGCUGAUUGACUCAAUUGAGACUUUUGAUGCAUUAGUAUCUUCUCUUGAUACUCGUGGCAUCCGUGAGUCACAUCUUCAUUCAAUGUUGCAAAGCAUUGAACCAACCUUCAAGGAAGCUAUUGGGAGGAAAAGGUGUGCCAGCAUAGAACCGUCGGCCGGAAGGGUUUUGAAAAAUGGAACUAGUGAGAUCAUAAGUCCGAAUCAUAGUAACGAGUUUGGAAGUCCAUGCAGUACCCUUUCUGGUGUUGCAACCGAUAGUGCUAUGGCAUAUUCAGAUUCCUUCAGGAUAGAACUUGGGCGUAAUGAUGUUGAAAAGACUGCAAUUUCAGAAAGGGCUGAUCUGUUUAUAAAGUGGAUGUGGAAAGAAUGCAACAAUCACCAACCAACAUGUGCCAUGAAACAUGGAAAGAAACGAUGCUCUGAGCUGAUACAAUGUUGUGAUUUCUGCUAUCAGAUUUACUUAGCUGAAGAAACACACUGUGCUUCUUGCCACAAGACAUUCAAAUCCAUUCACAAUAUCUCAGAACACUCUUCACAGUGUGAAGAGAAACGGAGAACAGAUCCUAAUUGGAAGAUGCAAAUUUCAGACUAUUCUGUUCCUGUAGGAUUGAGAUUGCUAAAGCUGCUUUUAGCAACCGUUGAGGCUUCAGUUCCAGCUGAAGCUCUCGAACCAUUCUGGACAGAUGUUUAUCGGAAAUCUUGGGGUGUGAAGUUGUAUUCCACAUCGUCUACAAAAGAAGUCUUUGAGAUGCUAACCAUUCUGGAAGGUGCCAUAAGACGGGAUUUCUUGUCAUCUGACUUUGAGACAACAACUGAGUUACUUAAUUUAAGCACGCAAGAUUCAGCUUCUCGAAAUACUGUUCCACGUUCUGGAUCUGCUGAUGUACUUCCAUGGGUUCCUGACACUGUUGCUGCUGUUGUCUUAAGAUUGUUAGACCUAGAUUCUGCCAUCUCAUACACUCUUCGUCAGAAGGUGGGAUCAAACAAGGAGCGGGGAGCUGGAGAGUUCAUGCUUCCGCCAAGAUAUACUCCUGCUAAGACCAAACAAGAAACUGAACCUAUGGGAACAGGUUUUGAUCGACAAGAAACAUGGCUAACUCCAAGCAACGGACGAGGCGGUCGGGGUGGCCGUGGACGAGGUAGUCGAGGCGGUAGCAGGGGAGGCAGAUCCCGGAGUCGUGGUGGCAAGGUCCCAAGAGGUAUUAGCAGCUCCCCCAAGAUCGAGUUCAGGGGUUACAGUGCCAGCGCCGUGUCAUCUGAGAAAGCUCCUCGAAAGUAUGCUCGUCGAGGGCGUAAUCGUGGACGUGGGCGUGGACUUAGAACUGUUAGACCUCGGCAGCCAUCAGAUAUUGGAGCCAGAUCAAUUCCAAAGCCAAACUUGCUGGGCAGCUUUAGCAUGCUAAGGAAUGCAAAGCAUACAACAGCCAUGGAGUCUCCUCAGAGUUCUGGUGCAGAAGAGUGGGGCUUGGAGAGAAGGCCGUCAUAUGUCAAGGAUGAUGAGGACAAUUCAGCUUCUCAGUCAGAGGAAUCGAGUGAGGAAAAUAGUGAACCCAUGAACGAGGAGUACGAUGAGCUGCUCCCAGAUUAUUCAAGGGACAAUUCUGGGUCCAGCCCUCUUCAGAUGAUGGAUGAUGGGAGUGACGAUAAUGAAGAAGAUGCCGAAGGGGAUGAAGAUGGUGAGGAAGAUGGAGAGGACUACGAUGCAGAACAGCAUGUUGACGAAGACAACGACGAUGCUGAGAUGGGCGAGGAUGAUGUCGAGGACAAUGACGAUGGCGAUGGUGGCGGUGGUGGAGCGGAGAACGGUGACGAGGAUGAAGACGGUACAUCAUAUUCUUCCGAGUAUAGCGAAUAAAACGAAUGAAUUAAGAAGUCUGGCCUUUUGAAGGUCACGUGGCAACCAAGUGAUGGUACGGUUUACAUCUGGUUCUAUCUAGCUCAAACAGAUGGUUUAUCCAUACAUAGUAGAGGAUUAUCGGUUUUGUAGAAGUGUAUUGGUAAUUUACCAACAUGUAGCAGGAUGUAUACACAGUAUAUUCAAUGUCGGAAAUCAUUCCCGUACAAAGUUACCUCGUACGGCAGGAAAAGUUAAGAGGGGAAGCCCGAUAAAAUCCCAUCCAAUA